UUUUCGACCCAGUCUUUUGACGUUCGCUUUUUGUAACAACCUAAAAAAUGUCCUUUACAAAGCAGUUUUAGUUUCCAAUUCUGUUGAGAGAUCACUUAAAUCGUGUCCAUAACUGCUUAACUAACACAACUGAUAUCCAAAACUUGUAUUAUUAAGUCUAUAACACAUUUUAUAUAGCAUGAGUAAAAGGAAUUAUCGACGAAAACGAAUCACCGAGGACGAAGACGAUGAGGCUGAAGUUGCCAUCGAAGCUCUCGAAGAAAGACGAGAAAUUCAGAAAUUUCGAAAGCGCCCAAAAGGUGUAUCGGCAGUCGGUCUUGCGUUAGGGAAAAAAGUAGAUAUUGAAGAUGAAGUUGAGAGCGAUCCAUUCAAGUUGAAGACCGGUGGCUUGGUCCAAAUAAACGAUUUGAUUCAGGAUAGAGAAAGAGAUAGAGAAGGCGAAGAUAGCGGGAAGUCUAUUAACCUCGGAGAAAACUUUGCUGCCGAAACGAACAGGAGAGAGGAAGAUACGCAUAUGUUAAAAUAUAUCGAGGAGGAGAUAUCAAAACGGAAAGGACAAGCAGAGAGCGGGGAAGACAUCAACAAAGUCAGAGAUAAAUUUAAAACUAAGGAAGAUCUUCUUUUCCAAGUUCCCAAACACAUAGAUGUCCGCUCUCGACUGAUGAAGUCGGAGGAGAUGUUGUCAAAUCAAAUGUUGUCUGGCAUACCUGAGGUGGACCUUGGUAUAAGCGCAAAAAUCAGGAACAUUGAGGCAACAGAAGAAGCCAAGAUGAAGGUCAUCGAAGAGCAGAGAAGCAAGAGGAAACAUGGACCUACAGAGAUGGUACCAACAAACAUGGCCUCGAACUUUAUGCUUCACAGCAGAUUCAUGGACGAACAGAAGAAUGCAGAAGCAGAAAGGAGAAAGACUGCGACACUAAGGGCCACAAAGGAUGACGGGAAGGCGAAAACCCAGCCUGUGGUAUCUGCUGACGAGCUGGGGGUGAUAACUGAUGAUACAGCACAGGCGGGAGCAGCAGCUAUUGGCGUAGAGGGGGUGAAUAACAAGCGAAAGAGCGACAAGGUCGAGAAAGCCACUGAUGACUUUUAUUAUGAGAAAUUUAGAAAAAGGGCAAGAGAUAGUUGGAGAUAUCAGUGAAGUUUGUUUGAGUGUUUUGGUGGCCGAAUGUUUUCGAAUUACAGUGAUUUUUCACACUUUUCGCUCAAAAUUGAAACAUAAAUGAAACACCGGUAAAAACAAACACUCAACAUUCCUAAAGGCUCUUAAUGUGCUGUUCAUACAAUUUUUCUACUCGCAUUGUUUCAACCUUUUUCAAGCUUGCAGUUGUAAACAAAAUAGUAAAAGCAUAUGCUAAGUACUAUGGAAGAAGUUGUGCGAAGUAUAUCAAAAAGAAGCUGUUUGGUGUUCACGCGGUUGUCCAUAUUUGUUAUAUCUGCGUACAAUCAUUUGAUUAUGCGAAAAUGAUAAUGCGAAAUGAUGAUCCAGUAUAGUAUAACGCCAUAGCUUCGCUGUAUAUAGCACUGUUCAAUUUUUAUUCAUUAACCCAGAGCUGUAAAUAAUACGAAUAAACGGACAAAGAGGACGGGCA